ACACACACACACACACCCUUUAAUUAUGGAAGGACACAUGUGUAGUAGGAGAGGUUCUUGACGUCUUAAACAGGUGUGGAGAGGCAGGUGUGGGAUUGGAAAAGUCGGGGGGACCUCUCCUAGCAGGUGUGGACUGAUUAACAGGUGUGGAGAGCAGGUGUGUGGCGUGAAAACUAUACCCUUGUAACUCUAACAGGUGCGUGGAGGAGGUGUUGUGACCCAGCAGGUGUGUAGAGAAAGACUUCCCAGUGACUCAUCAACAGGUGUGUAGAAACAGGUGUAUGAUCAGAACAGGUGUGUGUCUGAAGAGGAGACAGCAGUAAUUCAACCUCAGCAGGUGUGGAAGAUGACAACAGGUGUGUUGUUGCAGGUGUUGAUGCUGAUGCAGGUGUUACUAGACACGUGUUUGGCUGACGACACAAGAGAGACGAAGGUAUUCAGCUUACAAACAGACGUAUGGACUGUACCAAGGAGUGACGUGUACCUGCGUUAUAACCUGACGGAGGAGGAACACCCUGCCCCUCUCACCACCUUCACUAUCUGUUAUCGCUUCAACAUACAGCAGUUUCGAGACGGUGUUUACUUCUUCUCCUACGCUACAGCUGAUGAUGUUGAUAAUGCUGUACUGAUUUACCAGCGGGAAGAGACGAUGAACUUAUACUACAACGAUGUGGAAGCUUCAGUUAAGAUGACACUGACUGUCGACGACACCCUGGGAGCCUGGCACCAUCACUGUCACCACGUCGACUUCCCGCAGUAUAGACUGUACGUGGACGGUCGCCUCAGUGGUCACGGACAGAUGGUGGGAGAGGGUGGACCGCUGCCCAUGAACGGUACCGUCUAUAUCGGCCAGGAACAAGACGCCUUAGCUGGGGGACUCGACGCUAUGCAGUCUACUAGCGCCUAUAUCACCCAGAUCAACGUGUGGGACAGCAUAGUGAGUGAGGCCAACAUCGCCGCCAUGGCCUCCUGCAGCGCCAACCUCCUGGGUAAUGUUCUCUCGACUGACGUACAAGACUGGGAGGUGGUCAACGCCCAGGUGGAGGUGAGGCCCAUUACCGCCCUCUGCCAGCAGGAGGUGGAGUUCGUCAUCGUGCCGGAGAAGUGGCACCUUCAACCCUCCGUCGAGUUCUGCAGGAUCGCUAACUCCGAGUUGUUUAUCCCUGAGGGCGACGAGGUCAAUGAGCGUCUGUUUAACGAGACCAGACAGUUCCUGGAGCAGUGUAGUGGCAAGAGUUACCGAUUGCUCCGUGUAGGAGCCACAGACGCCGCGUCAGACGGGUCGUGGCUCAAGUUUAUCACCAACACACCGCUGACGUACACCGCCUGGGCUCCCGGUGAGCCCAACGACGGCCACAAGUCCAACUGUGUGGUGAUGAAGAAGUCCCUCAGUAAGUGGGGAGACGUGGCCUGUAAGGAUGAGUAUUGCUUCUCUUGUCUCAAGAACAAGAGUAAAUACCUGCAGGUGCGGGGGCUGUGUCAACACAAGGAGCACCAUACCAGGUUCUUGCUGGACGGCUACGUCAACUCUAACCUCUUCUUCAGGGGCUACUACGGCCACGCCAUCUUCAUGUCUGAGUCUAACAGAUGGCUGCUGAGAGACGUGUUGGCCAACGUGACCCUGGCCAUGAUGGCCAAGAGGCGGACACUGACGACUGACUACCCUCUGGGGCGCCACGAUUGGGAGGUGUUGAGCCCCUUCUGCCAGUACCUGGAGGAGGAGAGGGUGCAGCUGAGCUUGUCCUCCUGCUCCACACAACACUUCAUGUGUUCUGACGGCUCCUGUGUCGCCAGGCACGUCCGCUGUAACCUCCUGAAUGACUGUGUUGACGGCAGCGACGAGGAGAACUGUGGCCUGCUGGAGUUCAGCCAGGGUUAUCAUGGCCACCGUCCUCCUCCAGGCGUGACCUUCCAGGACCCCCUGACCAUCACCCCCGUCGUCAACAUCAUCAGGUUCUCCAACGUGGACGACAUUAACCUCGCCCUCUACGUGGAGCUGGAGAUCAUCUUGUACUGGACCGACAGAAACCUCAAGUACAAGAACCUUAAACCUGACGCCGAGAACAAGCCGUCCAAGGACGAGGUCAAGAAGGUGUGGAUCCCCGAGGCCGAGUUCAUGAACGUGAAGGACGGCCGCCUCCAGGAGCUGAAGAAGACGGUGUUUGUCCUGAGGAUCGGCAACCCCAACCCACCACACUUUAACGACGUCAAGAUGGAUACAGUGUACCCAGCCAGCAGCGGCAGGUUGGUACAGAGGACGUUGUACUCGGCCAGCUUCUCCUGUAACUUCCAGCUGUUCAGGUACCCCUUUGACACCCAGACCUGUAGUGUGUACCUCAAGCUGACCUCUGCUACCUCCCAGGUGGUCACGUUCAAGAAUGCCACAGUGGAGUACAAUGGACUGAGGAACUUACCUAAGUAUACCGUCGGCUCACUUACUGCUCGUCUAGACCACUCUGAUGCUAACGAUGUACUGGAGGUUAAGUUUGAGCUGACCCGCCGCUACUCCCUGUUGAUGCUGACCAUCUUCCUGCCCACCGCACUCCUCCUUGGUAUCGGCUACUCCACACUCUUCGUUAAACUCCAUCUCCUGCAGGUACGAGCCAUCAUGACGCUGACGACGCUACUGGUGCUAUACACACUCUUCAACCAGGUGUCCAGCGCCCUCCCCGACACGGCCUACAUCAAGAUGAUCGACCUGUACUUCUUCUUCUGCAUCUCCCUCAUCUUCUCCCUCAUCGUGUUGCAUAUAGUGGUGGAGAACCUACCCCCAGGGACACCUCCGGCCACCCCGACACCAGCCACCAUCAAGGUAGCUCCCGUCAAUCCUCCACAACCUGGUCACUCUCGCCUCCUCACCAACUACAGGCUCCGUGUCCCUACAGCCCAUGGUCUAAUGCACAGUGUGAGGAGGUAUUGCUUUCCUGUGGUGCUCGUCGUGUUUAAUCUCGUGUUCUGGCUAAUGUUGUUUACCUGAGAGAGAGAGAGA